AAUCGCCACUAUUUACAUUGCUUUGCGUCCACCGCCUGCUGAUUGCCGGUAAAAUGGGGCAGGGCUAGGGCAGCUCCAUAACGCUUUGCCGAAUUUGGAGCAGUUCAUAAAUGUGAUUGUGAAACAUAGAAAUUACCGGUCGAUUAGACACUAUGGAUCCCAAUCGGAUAAUUCAAGCACUGAAAGGGACGAUAGAUCCCAACCUCCGGAUAGCUGCUGAAAACGAACUCAAUCAGUCGUACAAGAUCAUCAACUUCGCCCCCACUCUGCUCCAGAUCAUUGUGUCUGAACAGGUGGAGUUCCCCGUUCGCCAAGCAGCGGCUAUCUACCUAAAGAACAUGGUGAGCCAGUACUGGCAGGACCGCGAGCCCUCUCUAGGGGAGGUGGUAUUCCCCUUCAACAUCCACGAGAACGACCGCACGCAGAUCAGAGACAACAUCGUGGAGGGCAUUAUCCAGUGUCCCGAGUCUAUCCGGGCCCAGUUGACAGUGUGUUUGCGAGCCAUCAUAAAGCACGACUUCCCCGGGCGCUGGACGGCCAUAGUGGAUAAGAUCGGCCUGUAUCUGCAGUCUCAGAGCAGUGGCAGCUGGUACGGCAGCCUGCUGGCCCUCUACCAGCUGGUCAAGACCUACGAGUAUAAGAAGGCGGAGGAGAGGGAUCCGUUGCUAGCAGCCAUGCAGAUCUUCCUGCCCCGUAUACAGCAGCUCAUCACCCAGCUACUGCCUGACAGCACCAUCUUCUCUGUCCUCAUACAGAAACAGAUCCUCAAGAUCUUCCACGCACUCGUACAGUACUCCCUGCCUCUCCAGCUGAUUAAUAACACAGUCAUUACCCAGUGGAUGGAGAUCCUCAGAGCUGUUAUGGACAGAGAUGUUCCCCCAGAGACGUUGGAGGUGGAUGAGGACGACCGUCCUGACUUGGUGUGGUGGAAGAGUAAGAAGUGGGCCCUACACAUCAUCACCAGACUGUUCGAGAGGUACGGAAGCCCAGGCAACGUGACAAAGGAGUACUUUGAGUUUGCAGACUUUUUCUUGAAGACGUACGCUGUAGGGAUCCAACAGGUCCUGUUGAAGGUGCUGGACCAACACCGACAGAAGCAGUAUGUCACGCCUCACGUCCUCCAGAAAUCUCUUAACUACCUGAACCAGGGCCUAUCUCACUCCCUCACCUGGAAACACAUGAAGCCGCACAUGCAGACCAUCAGCCAGGAGGUGAUCUUCCCUCUAAUGUGUUACAAAGACGAGGAUGAGAAACUGUGGCAGGAGGAUCCAUACGAGUACAUCCGCAUGAAGUUCAAUGUGUAUGAUGACCAUGCCCUCCCUGCCACUGCCGCCCAGAGCCUCCUCUGUAAAGCAGCCCGCAAGAGGAAGGAGGUUCUUCCCCAGAUGAUGGAGUUCUGCCACCAGAUCAUGAUGGAGCCCUCUGCUGACCCCCGCAGGAAGGAUGGGGCACUGCACGUCAUCGGCUCACUGGCCGAACUCCUGCUGAAGAAGCGGGUGUACAGGGAGCAGAUGGAGCUGAUGUUACAGAACUAUGUGUUCCCUCUACUCAACUCACCUCUGGGAUACCUCCGGGCCAGGUCGUGCUGGGUGUUGCAUUCGUUCAGCCCGCUGCGUUUCCAUAAUGAGUUGGUCCUGAGGAAUGCGGUGGAGCUGGUUAAACAGGGCCUCAUAGCAGACAAGGAGAUGCCCGUCAAGGUGGAGGCUGCUAUCGCCUUGCAGACACUGGUCAGCAACCAGGAGCAAGCUAAGGUCUACAUCAGGCCCUACAUCCGGCCUGUCAUGCAGGAGCUGCUCCACGUCAUCAAGGAGACAGAGAACGAUGACCUCACUAACGUCAUUCAGAAGAUGAUCUGCGAGUACAACCAGGAAGUGGCUGUCAUCGCCGUUGACAUGACCCAGAACCUGGCUGAGAUCUUCACCAAGGUGCUACAGAGUGAAGAGUAUGAGGAGAGUGAAGACAAGACAGUGAUGGCUCUGGGGAUCCUCAGUACCAUAGACACCAUACUCACUGUUAUGGAGGACCACAAGGAGAUCACUCAGCAGUUGGAGGGCAUCUGUUUACAGGUGAUAGGCCUGGUGCUGCAGAAGCCCAUCAUAGGUAUGGCAGAAUUCUACGAGGAGAUUCUGUCCCUGGCGUUUGGGCUGACCUGCCAGACCAUCUCCCCUCAGAUGUGGCAGCUAUUGGUGGUGCUCUACGGGGUCUUCCAGCACGACUGCUUUGACUACUUCACGGAUAUGAUGCCUCUUUUGCACAACUACGUUACCGUGGAUACAGACACACUCCUGUCCAACCCCAAAUACUUAGAGGUCAUAUACACCAUGUGCAAAAAGGUGCUGACCAGUGAUGCAGGUGAGGAUGCAGAGUGUCACGCUGCUAAGCUGCUAGAGGUCAUCGUCCUCCAGUGUCGGGGGAGGGGCAUCGACCAGUGUAUCCCCUUGUUCGUGGAGGCUGUGUUGGAGCGGCUAACCAGAGGUGUGAAGUCCAGUGAGCUGAGGACCAUGUGUCUGCAGGUGGCCAUCGCUGCUCUCUACUACAACCCAGCCCUGCUCAUCCACACGCUGGACAACAUGCACUUCCCCCACACCCCACAGCCCAUCACCGCUCACUUCAUCAACCAGUGGAUGAAUGACACUGAGUUCUUCCUGGGGCUCCAUGACCGGAAGAUGUGUAUCAUCGGACUGAGUGUUCUGAUGGAGCUACCCUCCAGGCCAGGGGUGGUAGAAGGGGUAGCGGCUCAGAUCGUCCCGAGCGUCCUGCUCCUGUUCCUGGGGCUCAAACACCUGUACUCCUCCCGCCUCCUCAACAAGCCAGACCUACUGGCCUGCACUGGGGUACCGGAGGAGGACCAGAACGAGGAGAUCCCCAGUGAUGAGGAUGAGGUGAAUGCGAACCGUAACACCAUGAUGCAACAGCAGACCUGCACACCCGUAGGCCACGAGGACGAUGAGGAGGAGGAUGAUGAUGAUGAAGACUACUGGGAUGAAGAGGGGCUGGAGGGGACACCCCUGGAGGAGUACAACACGCCCCUGGACUAUGACAAUGGAGAGGACGAGUACCAGUUCUUCACCGCUGCCCUACUCAGGGUCCAGAACACUGACCAGCCUUGGUACCAGUCUCUGACCACGCCCCUCAGUGAUGACCAGAAGAAACAGCUGCAGGAGAUCUACAGCCUGUCCCAGCAGAGGAGGAGCACCGCCGCCAAGGGCCAAUGAGCUGUGAGGGACAUGGCUGGAGGCCUGGAUGGAAGGAGGAGUAGCAGCAGAGUUCUGGCCUGAUCUGAAGUGGAUUUAAAACACACCAUGAACUGUUUCAGUCCAGAUCAGACCAGAUCUAACUAGACUUUACUGAUCCCACCAAGACCGGGCCAUCUAGAUCCAUAACUGAACUGGGUGGAGACCCACCAGAUACCAUAACACCAGGACUUUACACACUUUACGGUUCACAUCCCAGACCGUAAUUGGACCACACCCACCCGUGUGUGUGUGUGUGUGUGUGUGUGUGUGUGUGUGUGUGUGUGUGUGUGUGUGUGUGUGUGUGUGUGUGUGUGUGUGUGUGUGUGUGUGUGUGUGUGUGUGUGUGUGAGAGAGAUAUUGAUGUCCUACUCUGUAUCACUGACCAGCGAAUUCAUCUUCUAGUACAGUGCAGUCCUUGGGUCUGUGAUUCUGCAACUGAAUGAAUGUAACUAUUGUACACAAAAUCUCUGUUUCUUUAUAGCCUGGCUUUUGUAUGGUCUCGAGAGGACUGGCCAGAUGUCCUUGGUUGCCAUGGCAUCAAUCAGAACCGUUUGUCAGUUAGUCUGAACCAAGUCUGUGGUGCUAAUGGACGGACAGACAGACGUGUUUGGGGUGAAAGGUUAAGGGUUAGGGGUCAGUGACCUUUGACCCACGGGGGGGGGGGGUUCCUUUCACACUGAUGAAAUGUAUUGGGGGCAAGAUGCUGGGAGGAGAGCUUUUGUUUGUCUUUGUUUUGUUUUUAUAUCUGUUUUCAUUUAACUUAAGAAAAUCAUAAACGUUCAUGUAACAUCUA